UCCUCUCCCUUUCCCCUCCCCCCCUAAAAGCGCGGGCUGGCCCCAGGGCCGAGGUUCCGCUGGCCGGGCUCGGACGUCGGGGGAGGGGGGGGUGGGGGGUGGAGAGAGUGAACGCCUCACUCCAGGGCCCGGAGGGGUCUCCUUUACCCGGACCGCUCCUCGGUCUCGCUGGCGCCCAGAGACCUUUUCGUGGAGUCCGCCUGCCCCGCGUUUCCCCGGGUCUUUCGGUCCCUCUUGCCUGGAGUUCCCCCUACUUCCGGCCGGGCGGUGAGAGGCCACCCCCCUCCUCCCCCCGACAAGCGCGCGCUGGGAGACAACUUCAUAACCAUAUAAUGUGACAUCAAGGUGAGGAGAUAACAUCAGGUAAGCAGAAGAUUGGAGAAAGCAAGAUGAGUGUUCCUGCAAGUAGUUGCGGUAGUCCCAAUUCUGCAGAAACAGUCAGUGAUUUUAAAGAUCUCUGGACAAAACUGAAGGAAUGUCAUGACAAAGAAGUACAAGCCUUACAGAUCAAAGUAACCAAGCUGAAAAAGGAUCGGAUUUUAGAUGCACAAAGAUUGGAAGAAUUUUUUACCAAAAAUCAACAACUGAGAGAGCAACAGAAAGCCCUUCAUGACACUAUUAAAGUUUUGGAAGAUCGGUUAAGAGCAGGGUUAUGUGACCGUUGUGCAGUGACUGAAGAACACAUGAGGAAAAAACAACAGGAGUUUGAAAAUAUCCGGCAACAAAAUCUUAAACUUAUCACUGAACUUAUGAAUGAUAAGAAUGCCUUACAAGAAGAAAACAAAAAACUUUCAGAACAACUACAUCAGAAAAUUGAGAAGAAACAGCAUAAAGCAGCUGAGCCUGAGGAGGAAAUUAUCCCAGAUUCACCUAUAUUGACUUUCUCAUUUCCUGGACUUAACCGACUACGAAGAAAGAAGGAGAACCUACAUGUUCGCUAUAUAGAGCAAACACAUACUGAUAUGGAGCACCCCCUAUGUACAAAUGAAUUAGCAAAAGGUCUAAAGUCUUCAACUCAGCUGCAGCAAAACCACUAUGAAACUGAAAUUCUUGUAGCAGACACUUGUGAUCAAGCAUUAUCACCUAUGACCAAUAUCCAAGAUGCCAACAGUUAUCCCAUUGAGAAAUCAUCUUUUAACUUAGCUGCAGUUGUUGCUGAAACACUUGGACUUGGUGUUCAAGAAGAAUCUGACUCUCAAAGUACUCUGAAUCCUCUCAGUGAAGAACUGCACCAUCAACAGGAAGCAGAGCCAAAGAAACAAUCCUUUCAGGAAUCUACAAAAAAUAAUGAAGAUGGUUUGAGAUUUUCAGAUUCUCCUCCAAGGACUCCACCAGAACUUGACUGGUCUGCUCGAGCAUCUUCUCCUGUUUUUGGGGCUACUUCAAAUGUGAAAAAUGGCUUAAGCUUGAAUACAAGCUUAUCCCCUUCUCUUUUAGAGGCUGGAAAAAAGUCCCAUCUCAAAACAAUUUCCCUCAGUAAUACUUCUAAUUCUAGACCACAGAAACCUAGAUCCAAAUCUGAAGACACCAGCCUUGUUACAUGCCUUAAUCUUGGUUCUCAAGCAAGCACUGUUAUUGAUCAUUCUUCUUCCAUUAAGCAAAUGCUUGUGAGAAAGAAUAUAAAUGAGUCAGUAAGUGCACAGGUUGAGACUGAUAAUCCAGAAGAUGCAGCUAUUGAGAAAAGUGAUCUUUUUGUGCCAUUGAAACCACUGGGAGGCAGAGGAGCCAAAAGGAAGAAGACUGAAGAAGAAAGUGGACGCUGUUCCCAAACCUCUUUUGAUAAAGAAAAUGCUUUUCCUUUCCGAGGGGAUACUCAUCCUUCCGUCAAUGGAGACUCUGUAAUGGACAAGCCCCUGGAUCUAUCAGAUCGAUUUUCAACCAUCCACCGUCAAGAGAAAAGCCAAGGAAAUGAGGUUUGUAGAAACCAAUUUAGGCAAAUGGCCCUUCAUGAUGCUUUGAAACCCACACCAAAGGGCUCUUCCACUAUUCGCACAAACUUAAACAGGAGUUGCAUAAUAAGCAGAGAGUCCCAAGAGGACCCCUGUUUCCAGGAACACAUCUUCCUGUCCCGCAAUAAGUCAUCCCCAGAUAAAAAAACACCGCUACAAAUAAGAGAAGAAAAUCCUGCCUUCAAAAUCCCUCUACUUCCGCAUAAAAGUCUGGAGUCAGAGUGUCUUUUUGAUGGCCUGAAGGUUACUGGUGGUUAUGAGCCAAUAAAAAUGAAAGGCAGGAUGGGACAUGGAGAUUGUGAACUUGCCUCAGUUCUUCAGUUAAAUCCUUGUAGAGUAACUAAAACACAAGCUCUACAAGAUAAUCAAGAUAAAUCAUCCUUGGAAAAUAUCCAGUGGAGUAUAGAUCCAGCAGCAGAUCUUUCUCAAUAUAAAAUGGACAUUACUGUAAUAGAUACAAAGGAUGGUAGUCAAUCAAGAUUAGCAGGCGAGACUAUGGACAUGGAUUGUACCUUGAUUAGUGAAACUGUGCUUUUAAAAAUCAAGAAGCAGGAGCAGAAAAGUCCAAAGCGAGAAAGAAAAGUGAAUGAUAGUCUAUCAGAAUUGUUUGAUCAGUCAACACGUGAAGAAUACGAAUCCUAUUUGGCAGAUAGUUCUCCAUUGUGUGAGCAAGAAGAAAAUCUCCAAGUAGAAGAUGAAGAAUUAUCAGUUGCUGCAAAGAAACUAAACAGUCAUGAAGAUAUACCUGAUAAAGUCAAACAAAAAGCAUUUGUGGAGCCUUAUUUUAAAGAUGACGAAAGAAAGACCACAUUGCAAAAUUUCCCUCACAUUGAGGUGAUACGGAAAAAAGAAGAGAGGAGAAAAUUGCUUGGACACACAUGUAAAGAAUGUGAAAUUUAUUAUGCAGAUAUUCCAGAAGAAGAAAGAGAAAAGAAACUAGCCUCCUGUUCAAGACACCGUUUCCGCUAUAUUCCUCCUAACACACCUGAAAAUUUCUGGGAAGUUGGGUUUCCUUCAACUCAAACUUGUGUGGAUAGAGGGUACAUUAAGGAAGAUCUUGAUCCUUGUCCACGUCCCAAAAGGCGGCAGCCUUACAAUGCAAUGUUUUCUCCAAAAGGCAAAGAACAGAAGACAUAGAUAUCGAGGAAAUUGUAUAAGGUGCCAGAACAAAAUUCAUCAUUUAUUUAUAGUUAAAGUUGGAAUAAAAAACUCAUUUGUUCCCCUCUCAAAUCUGCAAUACCCUGAUUUAUAUAUCAUUUAAAUACAAUAUAUCAGGAAAUAUUAUUUAAAAUAAUUUUAAGUACAUUUAUUGUGCUUACGCAUUUUUUCUUGAUUUUGCACCUUUGAAACAAAGGGGUGCUUCCAUUUUGCACUGUGUAACUUAAAGGGGUGGAUUUUAUCCUUUGUUUUUUUGUAAUAUCUAAAUAUAAUAAAAAAGAUUGUGAUAGAUUUCAUUA